CAGCUCUCUCUCUCUCUCUUUGCCGCUCAAUUUAAUAACGUUGCAGAGCUUUUUCUUCUUCGUCAUGGCUUCUCGCGAAGGACACUACAGGGGAGUGAGGAAGAGACCGUGGGGAAGAUACGCUGCCGAAAUAAGGGAUCCAUGGAAGAAAACCAGGGUCUGGUUGGGUACCUUUGAUACCCCCGAGGAAGCUGCUCUUGCUUACGACGGCGCUGCCAGGUCUCUCAGGGGAGCUAAAGCCAAGACUAACUUCCCGGCUCCGGCGACUGCUCUAUCUUUUGACCUCAACGUCCCUUCAGACCGCUGGGCCUGUCCUCCUGGUGGUUUUGUAUUCGGUGAGUAUUUGCAGACUCGCGUUCUCAAGGAGGUGAGCUCCGGUGAUGGUCCUCCGGUUAGAGAUAUAUGUGCUUCGGGCGAGACUUCGGCGGCAGAACUCACUCCGGCACCGCAGUCGUUUUUCGGGAUUGCGAGACGGGGCCUGUCGAUCGACUUGAACGAGCCUCCACCCUCUACGACAUCGCCUCUGUGCUUGAUAUGAGAAAGGAAGAAGAGAAGCUGUUUUUUUACGUUGGUUGUUUGCUUAUUUCACCACGUCUUCCUUCUUUGCCUUGCUUAUUUUUCCCCUUUGUUUCUUCUGGGUUUCACUUUUCGGAGAUGGAACUGAGAAAGAUCGACUCGUAGAGAAUCAGUUUGUAAAUAUAUUUUUAGUUCUUAGCUACGUGAAACGAAGCAUGUUGUCAUGUUUUAUUUCCACCUUCCGAGCUCCCCCAAUCUCUGUUUUAAAUCUUUGAUAUUGUCUACUUUUGUUGGUUGGAGUGGUAGCAUCAAACCGUUCGCUUACAGCUCCUCCGUCUACGGAUAAUGAACAGAUCUCUCUCUCUCUCA